AUGACCAUCGUCAACAAGGACUAUCUCAGCGAACAGGCCCAGGUGGACCCGGAAUCGGUUCGGCCGUUCCCCAACUCGCGCAAGAUUUAUGAAAUGGGAAGCCGGCCGGACAUUCAGGUGCCGAUGCGCGAGAUUUCCCUGUCCGAUACCCAUUCCAGCGACGGGAUCGAGAAGAACCCGCCGAUCUACGUCUACGAUACCUCCGGCCCCUACACCGACCCCGACGUUGCCGUCGACGUGCGUCAGGGCCUGCCCGCCCUGCGUCAGCAAUGGAUCGAGGAGCGCGGCGACACCGACCAGCUUCCCCACCUCACGUCGGAAUACGGACGCGGGCGGCUGGCCGACACCGCUCUUGACCGGUACCGGUUCAGCCAUAUCCGCAACCCGCGCCGGGCCAAGGCGGGCAGAAACGUGACCCAACUCCACUACGCGCGCCAGGGCAUCGUGACGCCGGAGAUGGAGUACAUCGCCAUCCGCGAGAACAUGAAGCGCCAGGAGUUCUUCGGCACCAGCCUCAUGGGCAGCCGCAAGGCGAUGAACUUCGGCGCCAACCUGCCGGAGGUGGUCACUCCUGAGUUCGUGCGCGACGAGGUCGCCGCCGGCCGCGCCAUCAUCCCCUCCAACAUCAACCACCCGGAGUCGGAGCCGAUGAUCAUUGGCCGCAACUUCCUGGUGAAGAUCAACGCCAACAUCGGCAACUCCGCCAUCACCUCCAGCAUCGAGGAAGAGGUCGAGAAGAUGACCUGGUCCACCCGUUGGGGCGGCGACACCAUCAUGGACCUUUCGACGGGGCGCAACAUCCAUGAGACGCGCGAGUGGAUCAUCCGCAACAGCCCGGUCCCCGUGGGCAGCGUGCCCAUCUACCAGGCGUUGGAAAAGGUCGACGGCAAGGCCGAGGACCUCACCUGGGAGAUCUUCCGCGACACCCUCGUCGAGCAAGCCGAGCAGGGCGUCGACUACUUCACCAUCCAUGCCGGCGUUCGUUUGGCGUAUGUCCCGCUGACCGUGAACCGGGUUACGGGCAUCGUUUCGCGGGGCGGCUCCAUCAUGGCCAAGUGGUGCCUCUCUCAUCACCGCGAGAGCUUCCUCUACGAGCAUUUCGCCGACAUCUGCGAGAUCAUGAAGCAGUACGACGUGGCGUUCUCGCUGGGCGACGGCCUGCGCCCCGGCUCCAUCGCCGAUGCCAACGACGAAGCUCAGUUCGGCGAACUGGAGACGCUGGGCGAGCUGACCAAGAUCGCCUGGGAACACGACGUCCAGGUGAUGAUCGAGGGACCCGGCCACGUGCCGAUGCACCUCAUCAAGGAGAACAUGGACAAGCAGUUGCAGGACUGCUACGAGGCGCCGUUCUACACCCUGGGCCCGUUGGUUACCGACAUCGCACCGGGCUACGACCACAUCACCUCCGGCAUCGGCGCCGCCAUGAUCGGCUGGUUCGGCACCGCCAUGCUCUGCUACGUCACCCCGAAGGAGCACCUGGGCCUGCCCAAUCGCGACGACGUCAAGGAAGGCAUAAUCACCUACAAGAUCGCCGCCCACGCCGCCGACGUGGCCAAGGGACACCCGGCCGCCGCCAUCCGCGACAACGCCCUGUCCAAGGCGCGCUUCGAGUUCCGCUGGGAAGACCAGUUCAACCUGGGAUUGGAUCCGGACACGGCGCGGGAGUACCACGACGAGACCCUGCCCAAGGAUGCCCAGAAGCAAGGGGCUCGGUGA